AUGGGCAUGAAUUUCUGGCACUCGACGCACUAUUUGUACUGGAUGAAAGACGUGAGCAAAGCCGAUCUGCGCAAGAGGAAUCCGCUGGACCGCAAGCACUUGACGGACGACGAGAUCGACAGUAUCCAUCUCGCGAACAUUUCUCUGCUGGAAGAGAUCGGACCCCGGCUACGGGUUCGGCAGAUUAUCAUUUACACUGCAAUUGUCUUCUACCGUCGGUUCUAUCUGACACAGAGCUUUGUGAACUUCGACCCCCACCUCGUCGUUGGAACAGUGUUCUUCCUCGCGUCGAAAGUCGAGGAGAGUCAGCUGUCGCUGACCACAGUGACGUCGGUGCUGCACCAUUACACCACAAAUGGCGUGGACGAAGACGAGUCCAUGUACACGUUCCAGGACAAGGACAUCCUCGAGUGCGAGUUUUACGUGAUCGAAGCACUGCAGUUUGACCUCAUCCUGCACCACCCGUUCCCGUCUCUCCUCCAACUACUCGACGAGUUCGACAUUCACGAAGAGUGUCUCCAGCUCGCAUGGCAACUAAUACAGUACUCGUACCGGACGGACAUUAUUAUUCUGUACCCGCCAUUUAUGGUGGCGUACGCAGCCGCUUACAUUGCGUGCCGCGACGCAGGCUACGACGCUGCGCAGGUGUUUGCUACAGUGAACAUCAAGCAGGAAGGGCUGCUGAAGAUUGUCGGCGAGUUCCAAGAGGCUAUCGAGGAAGAGAAGAAGCUGUAUGUGGUGCAAGCCGCAGCUCUCGAGCGCCUGGAGGAGAUCAUUCCGGACGCCGUCGCGGCUGAGUCUGAAGGUGUACUUAGUGUGGUAGCAGAAAAGUGA